UCCAUCUUUUGCCAUCUUUUCCCUUGAACGGAGAAGAAGAAGCUCCGUCAGCUUCGUUACCUAUCACGGACCAUAAGAAGAAAGAGGAGGAAGAAGAAGGAGGCCAGGAACAUCAAUGCGAAGCCUUUCUCCGAGGGUUGUGUUACGUCGUGUUGCUCGUUGUCGGCCAGAGGAAAGUAAAAGAUUGAUUUGUGGAAUUGUGCUGUUCGUGGCAGUCGGCAUAGGAGGUGUGGUGUUCACCUUCCUUAUGAUGCGUCACAAAGCCUUCCCCGAACCAACUUUUCCCCGCGAAAAUACUGAAGAAAUCGUGCUCAACAGGAAGAUCUCAAAGUACAUGGGCAUCCCAUACGCGGUGCAGAUGACUAAAAGGUGGAGAUUUUCUGCACCGCAGCAGUUGUACUUCUCCAGAAGGCACGUUAACAGGACGGGGUCAUUCUCUCGUCUCGGUUGCCCACAACCACUGUCGGUGCCCUUUCCCAGAAGGCACAUAUCCCAAUCAAACAGCGAGGAUGACUGCCUCUACCUCAAUAUCUGGCAGCCAAGCGAAGAAGACCUGCGAUGCGGCUUGAAACCUGUUGUGGUCGUCUUGUUCGGCGGCGGCUUCCAGUAUGGUGGAGGAGGCACGUACACUUUCUACGAAGGGAAAUACAUGGCUUCAUUGUGGGACGUAGUAGUCGUCGUACCGGCCUACCGAGUUGGCGUUUUUGGCUUCCUCAACGCUGGUAUUGCCGUGGCUCCGGGCAAUGUCGGCAUCAGAGAUCAACUGGUAGCCCUUAAGUGGGUGAAGCAGAACAUACACAAUUUCGGAGGGUCGUCUUCUGAUGUGACGAUUCUCGGCCACGAAGCUGGAGCUACCUCGGUAGGCUUCCACCUUCUCUUGAGUCACGCAAGCCUCCUCUUCCACAGGGCCAUAAUGAUCAGUGGCUCCCCUUACGCGUUUAUACGGAACAACACCAAAAACGCCACCGUAAACGUUCAAAAUCUUGCCGCCGGUCUCAAAUGCAAAGCUGCUGACGGUCCUGGUAAGAUGCACUCUCUCGUCGCUUGCCUCCGAACGCGUCCCGUUAAAUCCAUCCUGGAAGCCGUGGAUCGACGGAAGCUCUACUUCGGUCCAAGCUGCGACAACAAAGUAGUUGUUCUUAGUCGGGGUCUGCGAGACCAGCUCAUAACAUCCAUGAAACCCGUAGACAUCAUCAUCGGUUACACCACCAACGAAGGAAGCCACUAUGUCGCGGAGUUUUUGAACUUCUUUGGUCUGUCGUCGAGACCCAAACUCAAGGGAGGAGACAUUCUGUCACCCUUGUACGAAUGGCUCUAUCUCUAUGGUGUUCAAGACCCGUCAACCGUGAUUGACUUCUACAACAUGAGCACUCCGGAGUUUGAACGUGAGGAGGGAACGGCGCUCUUGAGUUUUCUGGAAAGUCUGUUCGGGGACAUGCUGGUCCAUUGCCCCGUGAAUUACUUCAUCGAGAGAGCGACGCAAGUAGGAAGCCGGGUGUUCGCGUACGUGUUCGCUCACCUGCCUUAUUACCGGUGGUGGAAGACAUGGAAAGGGGUGCCUCAGAUGUUGGACCUCAUCUACGCCACCGGACAAGUGCAUGUCAUUGAGAAGGAUUUCGGACUGGCUCAAGAGGAACUAUGGUUCUCGGUAGACAUGGCCAAGAUGUUCGCUGGAUUUGCGUGGAAUGCCAAUCCAAACGUUCUACCCAGCACUACGUGGCUCCGCUGGGAAAAGGCCAGAGAGUCAGUUCUGGAGUUCAAACUGUCCAGGAACGCGACUAGGAUGUACACAAGUCUUUCUCAGCUGCCGCACGAGGAGUAUUGCAAAUUUUGGAUUCAGUAUCUCAGCGCGAAUUCAAAGGCAUGACUGAAUGCAAAUACUACAGUUGUUCGUUCGUCGCGCCAUCCAAGGCACGACGAGGCACAUGGACUUAUCAGUGUAGGCGCCUUUGUUUAAUACUUCCAUAACCUGAGGUUAACCAUAACCUGUCUCCCUAUUAUUCAUUCACGCCUCCUUAGUCCCAAUGACGGAAGUUGCUUUCGACUUGCAGUGCUUAAUGCAGUGGUGAUACGCAUCAUACACGUGAUGUUAGUUCGCCAAUGAAUACCUACCUUGGUAUUGCUGUCCCCUUUUGCGAAAGGAAUGUGGCAUAAAUAUAUGUUUUUAUAUGGCUGCGAAGGUUUAACAGUUUACGUCUAAGGCGAGGAGGGAGCAAAGCGUCUCCGCGGGUUCUUUGGCUGUGCCUUAUUUAGAUAGGUCUGCCCCGAUUAUUAUUUAUUACAAAUUUGUACAAAAAAAUUAGAAGAAAAGAACAGCACAUCGCUUAUGUCAUCGUUCCUGGGCCCUGUGUGUGUGUAUAUGCACUCUCCGGUUCACAAGCAUACUGUUUUGAAGAUGUGUUACGUCAAAUAAUCGCGAUUUUCUUCGUAAGACGAUUCGUAACAUCCUGCCGGUUCACAGGUAAACAUGACUAUCACGUGAUGCAUUGUCUGAAGAAUUCACAAUUAAAUUACACAGAGCGUCGCAAGAUCGCCAUCAUAGCUGUCACGCUCACUUGUCACUUUUUUCUAGGAGGCGACCACCAUCAUGCACUCUACGUUGCUAUUUUGAGUUGCACAUCGUUAUUCAUGUGAACCUCCCCUGAUUGCCGAUUUCCUUAAUAAAUUUCUCGUGUUUGUCUUACUUGCAAUGCUCUAUAAUAUGGAUGACUUGCUUUAUGGUCAGUUUUUGUCGGACACCCAAGUGUCGAAAACACCGAGGCACGACCAUACGCGUACAUACAUACGCGUACACGUACAUACGCAACAUUUACACUGUGUUGAUAACGCAAACGUGUUUUAUAUCUCGUUCGUUAGCAUUCCCUAUCAAUAAAACUCUCUUUUACGUGCUGCCUGUCUGGAAUAAAUGGGUCGUGACACUUUGAUA